AUGAGGAGGGUUCCGGGUUCCAUACGGGAACAUCUAGACCUCACCAUCAACCAAGAUAUUAAGCCUGGACCUGACCUCGAGGACUAUGAACCCAACACCCCCUUCGAGAAUUGGCUAUGUGCAGCUUACAUCUUGCUUCUAUCUUUGACACUGCUUGCAGGUCUUUCGAGCAAUGAGGUACUGGUGAACUCCAACAUGGCUUCAAACCCUGCCAAAGUUGGCCCAGGCCAGCAAACAGCGCUGCCCCUCAUCACCGACGACCUCAAGCCCACACCACAUAACCUCGCAUCCCCAUCGGAACGCCGAGGGACCAGAACCGCCCAAUCCACUCCUUUGCACAGUCGCGAAUCUUCCGCCGUUCGAGGAAGAACAGUCGACCCCUCGACUCUCGCCCCUAUUCAACCCCGACGCGGCCAUUCCGGUUCCAAAAGCCCUGACGUGCCAGGCGUCCGCCCCCCGGGAUAUGAAGUGGGACUAGAAAGACGACCCUCCAACUCGUAUGGUCAUCAUCGACAGACCUCUAUCGUACACGGCGUGCAGCAUUCGCGAAAUACGAGCAUGGCCGGUUCGACAUCUUCCACAAGUCCAUUGAGCCCCGAGCUUAUUGCUUCCCUAGGUCGCGGGGCCUUUGACGAAGCGACCCUUCCUGCGAAAAUCGACCCUGUCGAUACACACUCUGGCUACUCGACACCAUCCGGGCUAUCCGCCGGCCAUGGACUGCCGCCGACCCUGAGUACGAUCCAGGACAAUGACAUGGAAACGAGGGAUGUGAGCCCCGCCGCACUGCUUCACAAGCGAAUGGGCUCUGGAGGAAAAUCGAAGCGCGAGCGGUCACAUAGUCGGUCACAGUCUAAGCACCACCCGGAGCUGAAGACUGUCGCGGAAUUCGCAUUGCAUCAUUUGUUCAACUCCUUUGUUGGUCAGGCGGACAGCAAGAUCAACCAGGCCAUCGCGAAGCUGGGGGAGUCCGAGUCUCCCGUGGAGGAGGUCUGUGGUCCCGGAGCAGAUGCCACGUUCGAUCAAUUGAUAUCAGCUUUGGGACAUAUUGCGCGACAGAAGCCGAAGCCUUUGAUCGAUACUAUAAUGUACUGGCGUAAGGCCAAAGGAGAUGCUGCCAUCACGGCCAGACAGAUGGCGAGUGAGCCAAGGCCGACGCCUGCGGCAACAGAGAAUGGACCCCUCUUGCGCCGCAAUACCGAACCGACACAAUAUGCAGAUCCUGCUGCUGCUGCGGAACGGGCGCAGCAGUCUACGCCCUACCACGGUCGUCCUGAAGAUGUUGUGCUGGUAGAGCGACGUGCAACGGUUUCGGUAUACUUAGUCUGUCGAGUCUUGAUUGAGAUUUUCCAUCAGAGUAGCCUGGCUUCAAUCACAUUGGAGAUGGCAGACCGCCUGGAAGACAUUGUGUUCGGCCAGGUGAAAACUUCUGAUCCGGACCAGAUCUCGGCGUCGCCUCUGCGGAUGGCUAACUGGAGAAUAUAUGGCCAGUUGCUGGGUAUCAUGAGUGAAUCAAACUUCUCAGGCGUUGCUGGUCGUUACCUAUCGGAACUCGAACGGUAUCAGAAUGAAGCCUAUCAGAAGCCAUCCCGCGACGGCGACUCAAAGGCGGAAUUGUUGAUUCUCUGCAUGCGAUAUCUUCGUUUGCCUAUGACCCCAGAAGGGUGGCCCAAGUCUUGCGAUUUUAUGCGGUCGUUGGCACGAUUGUUUGUCAACGCCCAUGGUCAGCGUAUCAAACAAGCGUACUGUUAUAUUAUUGAAAAGCUCCUUCUCCCUAUUGCUGCUAAUCCGAGCUGUGAUCUUUCACUGCCGCGGUGGAAAGAAUUCCUCGAGCUGGUUCAACCACGUCUAACCCAGCUUCUCACUAAGCCCCGUCACUGGACGUCUUCCUUCUCAUUGAAUGUCUUGUUGCUUUGCAUAUCCAACAAAGAGACUUUCUCUUCGCAAUGGAUGUCCAUGAUUUCCAGCUUACCUGCACGUCUGAAGGACCGCCCUACUCGGGCACCUGCUCUCCACGCCAUCUGUCGUCUGGUCUGGACUUACUUCUUCCGCUUCUCCGACUCUCCUACAACCACGCUCCGCAAGGUUGAAGAAGUUGCCAAGAUCGCCCUGCCAACCGGCCGGAAAACGUUCAUGAGUGCGGAGCCCAUCUUCGCAGAUCCAUUGAUCCAGCUGAUCCAGAUAAUUGGUUUCAAGCACCCGGAUGUUUGCUUCCGCAACAUCAUUUUCCCUUUGAUCAACUCUGAUCUCUUCUUGUCUGGCAGAGAGCUAAAGAUCGAACACAUGGAGCCGGAGAAAAUGGUCAUCGGAAUCCGCGCGUUCCUGGCGACGAUGUCGGAUCUGGAGACAAGUGACCAGUUGUGUCCCCCGAUCCCAACUGGCUCUCUCCCGAACCCCUUCACUGACGUCUCUACCCCGGUGUAUUUCCAUCGGCCCCAGCUACUUAAAGAGUACAAAGCGCCUAGUGCGUCUGAAAAGCAAGAUCCCACGUCAUGGCAACCUGUCAAUACUGCGAGACUAAGUGAGAAUGUCAAGGAAUAUUAUUUCCGAUUUUGUGAAGUCCUCGGCAAGAUCACUCUGCUCUGUGAUAACACAUUUGGUGGACAGGCGGUCCUGGACGAGAAGUUCGGUGGAAGUACGCCCAAAACUCCUAUCUCGGAAGCUUUCAGUUUUGGUCGUCGUGGUGACGACCAUGUCACGACACUGGACCAGAAGCAAGGAUUUUAUGACCUGCUUCAUGUGGCAGUCCAAGCGCUCCCUCGCUGUCUCUCAGAUCACAUUCCAUUCAACUCUCUCAUCAAUCUCCUCUGUACGGGAACUGCCCACGUCCAGUCAAACAUUGCAACUUCCUCGGCCCUGUCUUUGAAGGCCAUCGCGCGCCAGUUACAUGCCCAGCAAGUUACCAUCGGAUUUGCUAGAUUCAUCUUCAACUUUGAUGAGCGCUAUUCCACCAUGUCAGACGAAGGGAUGCUUGGGCCGGGCCACAUAGAAUCUACUCUCAGGCUAUACGUCGAAUUACUUCAAAUCUGGAUUGAUGAGAUCAAACGGAAAACGAAAGGUGCGGCAGCUAUGGAUCCGCUGGAGAGAUCCAUCUCUGGUAAUCGGGCUCUGCACCUCGAUUUAUCGAGCGUCCUUGCUCACGUGGAAGAGAUUGAGUCGCAUGGGCUCUUCUUCUUGUGCUCUCAGUCCAGACGUGUUCGCGCCUUUGCUAUCACUGUUCUGCGGUUGAUCACCGAGUUUGACAGCGCUCUUGGAAAAGAGAACACCAGAAUCAUCCGCAUUCUUGAAGCUGAUUCGCAGCAGAUCUUGGAUGUCAACGAUGAACAUCUGACUGUGGCGGAGCGGAGCCGGAUUCAGAAGGGAAAGAGAAGAAGCGCCUCCCAAAAUACUCUCAUCGAAUUGUGUAGCAGUGAAGUCUCCUAUGAUGCAACGUUGUGGGCUAAAGUGUUCCCCAACAUCAUCCGUGUCAGCUUUGAGACUUGUCCAUUCGCUGUAACACUAGGACGUGAAAUUGUAUGUGCGCGUCUUGUCCAAAUGCACAAGAUCAUCACGUCUCUAGCCGAGAGUGCAAGAUUCCCGCAGUUUGCCCCGAUGGAUGGGUACCAGAACCGUCCUAUCGGAAGACAUAACGUCACAUCUGAGAUUUUCAUCGAGCAAUGGAAGCUUUACUUGGUCAUGGCCUGUACUACUGUCACCAGUGUCGGAGCUCAAUCGCAGAGUCAACUGGCCAAUGCCCAGCAUGCACGCAAAGCUUCCAAGGGAACCCAACAAUCUCAAGACAAGAUCAGCUCCGCCCGCAGCCUUUUCGCCUUUGUGAUUCCGCUUCUUUCUGCCGAACGAGAUUCCAUUCGCAGUGCUAUCGUUGCCGCUUUGGGAUCCAUUCACAAGAACCUCUACCGCACACUUCUUGAGUCGUUGCAGUAUGCCGUUACUACUUGCAACGAAGAGGCGAAGAUGCGAAUCGGCAGCCACUAUCGUACCCCUAGUAGCCCGCGUCGGAACAGGAAGACUGACCGUCUGCGUACUGAGGUUACUAAUGUUUAUAAACUCACCUCCCACUUCCUCAAGGAGCCCGAGGUUUACAAUGACGAUUGGAUCGUCAACAACCUUGUCACUUAUGCGAAGGAUAUCCGGAUUUUUCUCAGCGAUGCCGGAGUUCAGAAUGACUGGGAAUUCCAAGGCUUGCGGUUCCAUUUCUGUGGAUUGAUGGAGGAGCUCUUUGAAGGCAUCAAUCGUGCCAAGGAUCCUUCUCGCUGGAUGCCGUUCGAGUCUCGAAAGUCUGCUUUCUCUCUCAUGGAGGAGUGGUGUGGAUACUCGCCUAAUCAGACUCAGAUAUCUGAACGCGAAGAGAACAUGAGAAAGUUCUGCAUGGAUCGAACACAUGAGAGUGGUGAAAUGAAGAACACCGCUGCUGCCAUGGAAAUCGAGAAAAAGAAUUUGCGCGCAGCAGCCUUGAGCGCAAUGGCUCAUCUCUGUGCCGGUCCCAUUAGCAUCACCACCGACAGUGGCUCUAUCCUCCAAUUUGAUGUCGCUCGCAUGCUUUUAUGGAUUGAAAUGAUCUUUAACACCGUCGGUGACAAAUGGCAUGCCAUCGGCCGCCGUGCUCUGAAGAAUCUGAUCAUUCAUAACCAGGAACACUCCUACUUGAUGGAGCGAUCAAUUGAGAUGUGCUAUAUUACUGAGCGGCCUAAGACCAUUGAGAGCUACUUCGAAGUCGUUACUGAGGUGCUCUUCGAAUAUCCAGACUAUCCCCUCGCCUUCUGGAGAGUUCUAGGGGCAGUCCUGGUAACACUUGGCAACGAAAAACGUGAAAUCCGAAUGAAGUCUGCCAAGCUUCUUCGAAAACUCGAAGAACGGCAGCAGAAGAACUCCAGGCUUCAAGACUUCGAUAUCAGUAUCUCGGACAAGACUACUGCGGUGUACAAGCUUGCCCAGUUUGAAAUUUCGAAAAGAUUGGCCAGUCAGCAUUCCGACUUGGCUUUUACGAUCUUCUCGGAAUUCUGCUUGCAUUUCCGCAGUCUACGGCCCGAUAAUCAGCGGAAUCUAGUUGCUGCCAUCUUGCCAUGGGUCCAAACAAUUGAACUACAGGUUGAUCCGAAUGGCGGCCCAACAGCCAAAUCCUACAUGCUGCUCGCAAACCUCUUCGAGAUAACCAUUCGCUGUAGUACCAUCCUACCUAACCAAGUGCAGGCACUGUGGCAGGCCUUGGCGACAGGCCCUCACGGGGGCAACGUGCAACUCGUGCUUGACUUCAUCAUUUGCAUCUGUCUGGAACGCAAGGAGCAAAAUUUCGUGGAGUAUGCCAAACAAAUGGUCGUCUUCCUCUCCGGAACCCCAGCAGGAUCCAAGGUUAUUGAGUUUUUCCUGUUGCAGAUUGUUCCAAAGAACAUGGUGCAAGAGCGCAAAGAACUCACUCCGCCUCCUCCUGAUAUCAAGAGUCUACCAUAUGUUGCAGAUCUGGGGAAUGUGCUCCCUAUCGGGAACAAACAAGCUGGUCUAUCUCUCGGACAGGUUGCGUUAAUCUUCCUCGUUGAUCUGAUGGUCGCUCCCGUGACUCUCGCACUGGAUGAUGUUGUCAAGCUGAUCCACAUUGUUCUCAUACUCUGGGACCAUUAUAUGGUCACUGUGCAGGAGCAAGCUCGUGAAAUGCUGGUACAUCUCAUUCAUGAGCUGAUAGCGGCCAAGCUGGAGGAUGAGGCGCCCGCAGGCGCGAGACAAUCAGUCGAGGACUUUGUGGAAUCGAUUCGCAACAGUGACCCCGCGGUCGUUUGGGAGUACGAUGAGAACCAUGGGAAAGAUGAAGAGGCGGAUGAUCGCCGGGUGCCUACGUCUAUGGCAUCUGUCACCCGGGACGUCGUCAAGUUCUUUGAUUUUGCCUAUGAAGGUGUUGGUGAUCUGUGGGCCAAGGAGGCAUUGAAUUGGGCUACCUCGUGCCCAGUACGACAUCUAGCAUGCCGCUCGUUCCAAAUCUUUCGAUGUAUUUCUACAUCGCUCGAUUCACGCAUGCUGGGUGAUAUGCUCGCUCGGCUCUCAAACACGAUCUCAGAUAAGGAAACGGAUUAUCAAACCUUUUCCUUGGAGAUUCUUACGACGUUGAGGAUCAUCAUCAGCGAUUUGGAGCCACCUUCCCUCUUGGAUUAUCCGCAGCUAUUCUGGACGACAUGUGCGUGUCUGAAUACAAUCCACGAGACCGAGUUCAUCGAGAGUAUUGGGAUGCUUGAGAACUAUCUUGCUCGCGUUGAUCUCGGUGAUCCAGCUGUGGUGGCCACCCUGAUCAACGGUCAACCACCCAAUUGGGAGGGUGGAUUCGAUGGUCUCCAGGACCUCGUCUUCAAGGGGAUGAAAUCAUCUCGGUCCUUUGAUCGUACUCUGGAUCUCCUUCACACUCUAAGUGGCCUUCCGAACAAUGAUCUCGUCGGAGAGGGAACUCGACAGCUGUUCACUGUGCUGGCUAACCUGCCUCACUUCCUCGAUUGCUUCGACCACGGAUUCAGUGAUCCCAAACCCAUCGCCCGGGCCAGCCUGCUCGCCCGUGUGGCUGAGAAUGAGGGGUGUCCUCGCCUUGCAGCAUCAUUGUUUGGGUUUGCCAACCAGCAGUACAAGACCGCUGGUGUCUUCCUCGACCAUAUAAUCACCGAGAUCAAGUCGUACUACUUCCCCGAGCAAGACUUCCAAUGUCUCAUUUUCGUCAUGGGACUUCUGACUAAUACCACCGAUUGGUUCCGUGUGAAGACUAUGAGGAUUCUCUGCGUCUUGAUUCCGGAAGUGGACAUGCGGCGCACUGAAGUCACCUGUCAUGGCCCGGAUCUGAUCUCUCCCCUACUCCGCCUUCUGCAAACUGAACUGUGCGCUCAAGCCUUGGAGGUUUUGGAUCACAUCAUGACCGUCUCCGGCAACCCAAUGGAGCGUCAGCAGAUUCGGAUGAGCAUAGCGUCGGCAGCCUCUUCUCGUGCCCUCCGCAAGGAGUAUGAGCGAAUCAAGAGUCUAUACGGCAUUCCCGAACCGUCUGGAUGGUCGGUUCCCAUGCCGGCAACUCAAUCAAGCAUUACGCGACACAACGUUCAUGCCGUAUUCUAUACCUGCGGCAAGGCUGAAGACAUGCACCAGGAGGAUGUCCUGGCCCCCGGUGUCGCUUUCCACGUGGACGAGUACAGCGACUCGUUCUUCCCAAUGAGGGCUGACACCAUGAAAUCUAUUGACACGCAGAUCGACGGCAAUAUGGGAGACAUCGUGCAGAAGCUUGACAGCCUCGACGACUUCUUCGAGGAGACCGAAGCUACCACCCCCGUGAUGAACUCUGUCGCUCCUCCGAUGCUGCGAGGCUUUACCGGUAGCUACGUCGAUACCAACGCUCAUCUCUACGACCAGCAGACCGCGCCGAUUCUCCGGAAAUCGCUCGCUCGCACCGGUUCUACAUCGUCCUUCCACAAUGGUCUCGCAGAGUCUCGUCCGCCGAACUUCCGUUUCGACAGUCCGGCUGUGCACUCUCCAGUCACGGCGAUACCUCCAAAUACCGGGCAGAUGUUACGACCCGGCUCCCAUACCCGCUCUGUGACAUCCCCUACCAACAACCUCUAUGCCCACACUGCGUCACCUGCAACUAAUGCUGCACUGUCCGCUGGAUUCAGCGAGUCCGCCUUCCUAUCCGACGAUGAGCCCGACGAGGUGCAUUCAGACCUCGAGGAACGACCGGUAACAAAGAAGAUGAUGCCGCCUCCAGCCAUGGUCCGCAGUGCAACCGACGGUCCACAAUCUCUGGAAUCAAUUCUCCGCAGUGGCAUGCGCAGACUGACUGGCGGUGCCGCCAGCAGAGACAAGGAACGACAGCGGGACCUUAUCCGUGCUCAGCAUCGCGCCAUGGUCCAGACAGCCAACUCACCGCGUGUCCCUAAGGUGCCUGAGGAGUAUCUCUCUGGACCAACCAGUCACCCGGCUUCUCCGAGGUGA